AUGCAAGAAGUCUUUGAGGCUCUGCUUCUCCGCAAACUCAACCAUGAUCCUCAAUUUAUCCAUGAUAUUAUUCUGGAGCUUGGAGAUCAUGAAACGCUCGCUGAUGGUCCAGAGUUUAGCAAGGGGAAGGACGUUUGCGUCGCGGUCUUUGGGAUCGAGGUCAACUUGUUGAGUGUAGAACCAAUGAACGAGGAGACCGAAGCUAUCAAUGUCGAUAUCGGGGAGGCUCAUGGUCUUGGUAGAGCUUUCGGUGAACUUGCUGUUGAAGGCUGUGGAGAAGAAUGGGGAGUAGUGACAGAUGAUCUCUUUGUGGACGAUGAAAGUCUCCUUCGACUCCUCGGGGCCAAUGGUAAUUGUCACCACGCUCUGAGGACGUCUAUGUACUUGUCAGCAUUGAUGCAAGUGGCACCGGGGGCAGUUGGGAGUCCUUGCCUAAGACUCGGAGCCUUCUUUUCGGAGACCUCGGGGCUCAUCGUGCGCAUCCCUGUGGACUGUGAUAGUAGCUGCAUGUCUCCGACCAUGGUGGAAGAAGGAGCUGGAGAUGGGGUUGUGGUCUUUGUUGUCGUCAUAUCGAGGGUGUUUGUGCGCCGUUCGGAUUCUUUGUUUUCGUGA